AUGGAGAUUAUUUCAUUAACGGGAUCUGGAAACGCGUGCAUUCAACUGGGGCUCGGCGUUGGGGGAGCAAGCGCGAGCUUCUAUCAGCGGCUCGGAUCCGGAACCGGCCGGCUCGUCACUGCGGCUGUAGCGGCGUCGACUCGCGCCGCAGGCCCGCUUGUCGCGUCGCACAUAGCCCACCGCGUCGUCUGGCUACAGCCGGCGAAAGGCCUGCUACAGCCGUCCGCUGCGGCUGUCACGCCGGCAGUCGCCGGCCCAGCGGGGCCAGGAUUGGGUGCGCUGCCCGUUGGAGUCGCACGGCUGCCGAUCGCCAUGCGACAGUCUGCGAUCGGCGGACUUCUGUCGCUGAGCGCCGUGGCGUUGGGGGCACUGGGGUGGGCGAGGGCGUGCUCGGCUGAAGAUGAGCGUAGCGGAGCGCGGGCGGGGGAGCAGGGGAACGGUUCACCGGAGGCUUCCGCGCUGCUAGGUCAAAGCGUGGGGGAGGACGAAGCGGAGGCGGUGGUUUCGCGAGUGGCGUCUGUGGCGGAAGGGCGAAAACGGCAUCGUGAGACAGAUGGCGACAGGUGGGUUGAAACAGCGUCGUGCCGGGCUGUAGGAAUGAAGCAGCAUGAUGCAUCUCCGUCCCCCUUCUCCCACCCGUCCUUCCCCCCACCCUUCCCCUCCCGUCCCCUCUCCCCCCUCCCCCUCUUCUCCCUAAAACACCUCCACUUCCAAUUCUGUUGUCCCUUCCCUUUGCGCCUCCGUUUUUGCUUCCUCCUCGCCUCCCCCCUUUCCCUCUCCGCCUCCUCUUCCCCACACCUCCGCCUCCCCUUACACCUCCCCUUCCCUUUGCGCCUCCGUUUUCCUUUCCUCCCCCUCCCCCUCCCCUUCCCCCUCCCCCUCCCCUCUCCUCCCCCCUCCCCUCCCACACCCCCUUUCCGUCCCUCCCCUCCGCCGCUCCCUCUCCUUUCCCCACCCAUCCCUCCCCGUCCCUCUGCGCCUCUUCCCCCGCAGUGUGCCGCACGCAGCACGCGCGCGUGGCGACUGCCAGUUGUGCCGCACGCGUGCGUGGCGACGGUGAGUGUGGGCGCGGAGAGGGGAAUGGUGGUGGAGCCAAAGACGAAGCACUCCUUUCCCGUCAUGCUGCGGCAGGAGGGACAGGGAGGCGGGCUGCUGGCAGGGGUGGGCAUCCGAGACACGGUCAUUGCCAGGAUCAAAUCCAUCAAGAUUUACGCCUUCGGCCUCUACGUGAGUCCAUCCAGCCUGGGCGGCGACGAGCACCUGAAGGCCAAGUAUGGUGCCAUGCCUCUGGAAGAGCUGCGAGUCAGCCAGGAGUUUUACGACGACCUGCUCAGUCGUGACAUCGGCAUGACGGUGCGCCUGGUGCUGCAUUACAGAGGGCUCAACAUGAAGAUGGUGCGCAAUGCGCUCAACACAUCUCUCUCCAAUCGCCUCACCAAGCUACUGGGCCAUGCGGAUGACCCAGGCUUCCACACUCUCAACGAGUACCUCUCGCUACCGCACCAAGUCAAGAGGGGCACCACCAUCGACUUCACCUGGCAGCCAGGAGGAACACUGCUCACUGAGAUGCUCCUCUUUGCUAUGAACCUGUUUUACUCGCUUUUGUCCUCUCCCACACUCCUCUCUCCCUUCCUCUCCCUCCUUCCCCUCCAGUGGACGGCAGGGGCAUGGGUCCCAUUGUCAGCACUUCUCUCUGCUAUGAACCCGCUUUACUCACCCCAGCCUUCUCUCACCCUCCCCCCUCAUCCCUCUCCUAUCUCUUUCCCCUCCAGUUGA